CGCAGAUUAAUGCAAACCCGGAAGCGGAUCGGGUGGAGUGUAGGUCACAUCGCCGCGACAUCUCUUCCAAAUCCUUGAUGAAAAAGGUGGGAGGAUCACUUGAGCCAGGGAGUUGAAGGCUGCAGUGAGCCCUGUUUUUGCCACCACACUCUAGCCUGGGAUUGAUUCUAAAGACUCAUGUUACGUGAGGAAGCAGCUCAGAAGAGGAAAGGAAAGGAGCCAGGCAUGACUCUUCCUCAGGGACGCUUGACUUUCAGGGAUGUGGCUAUAGAAUUCUCAUUGGCGGAGUGGAAAUGCCUGAACCCUGCUCAGAGGGCUUUAUACAGGGAAGUGAUGUUGGAGAACUACAGGAACCUGGAGGCUGUGGAUAUCUCUUCCAAACGCUUGAAGAAGGAGGUCCUGUCAACAGGGCAAGGCAAUACAGAAGUGUUCCACUCAGGGACAUUGCAAAGACAUGAACGUUAUCACAUUAGAGAUUUUUGCUUCCAGGAAAUUGAGAAAGAAAUUCAUGACAUUGAGUUUCAGUGUCAAGAAGAUGAAAGAAAUGGCCUUGAAGCACCCAUGACAAAAAUAAAAAUGUUGACUGGUAGUACAGACCGAGAUGAUCAAAGGCAUGCUGGAAACAAGCCUAUUAAUGAUCAGCUUGGAACAAGCUUUUAUUCACAUCUGCCUGAACUGCACAUAUUUCAGAUCAAAGGGGAAAUUGGUAAUCAACUUGAGAAGUUUACCAAUGAUGCUCCCUCAGUCUCAACAUCCCAGAGAAUUUCUUGUAGGUCCCAAACCCAGAUUUCUAAUAACUAUGGGAAUGAUUUUCCGAAUUCUUCAUUACUCACACAAAAAGAGGAAGUACACAUGACAGAAAAAUCUUUCCCAUGUGAUGAGAGUGGCAAAGCCUUUAAUUGUAGCUCACUCUUAAGGAAACACCAGAUAAUCCAUUUAGGAGACAAACAAUAUAAAUGUGAUGUAUGUGGCAAGCUCUUUAAUCACAAGCAAUACCUUGCAUGCCAUCAUAGAUGUCACACUGGUGAGAAACCUUACAAGUGUAAUGAGUGUGGCAAGUCCUUCAGUCAGACGUCAUCCCUUACAUGCCAUCGUAGACUUCAUACUGGAGAGAAACCUUACAAUUGUAAUGAGUGUGGCAAGAUCUUUGGUCAAGAUUCAGCCCUUCUAAUUGAUAAGGCAAUUCAUACUGGAGAGAUACCUUACAAGUGUAAUGAAUGUGACAAGGCUUUUAAUCGACAAUCACAACUUUCACAUCCUAGAAUUCAUACGGGAGAGAAACCUUACAAAUGUGAAGAAUGUGACAAAGUUUUCAGUCGGAAAUCAACCCUUGAGACACAUAAGAGAAUUCAUACUGGAGAGAAACCAUACAAAUGUAAGGUUUGUGACACAGCUUUCACGUGGCAUUCACAGCUGGCUCGACAUAGAAGAAUUCACACUGGAGAGAAAACUUACAAGUGUAAUGAGUGUGGCAAGACCUUCAGUCACAAGUCAUCCCUUGUAUGCCAUCGUAGACUUCAUGGUGGAGAGAAAUCUUACAAAUGUAAGGUUUGUGACAAGGCUUUUGUGCAGAGUUCACAACUGGCAAAACAUACUAGAAUUCACUGUGGAGAAAAACCUUACAAGUGCAAUGAAUGUGGGAAGACCUUUGGUCAAAAUUCAGAUCUUUUAAUUCAUAAGUCAAUUCAUACUGGGGAGCAACCUUACAAAUGUGAUGAAUGUGAAAAAGUUUUCAGUCGUGAAUCAACCCUUGAGACACAUAAGAUAAGUCAUACUGGAGAGAAACCAUACAAAUGUAAGGUUUGUGACAAGGCUUUCGCAUGUCAUUCCUAUCUGACAAAACAUACUAGAAUUCAUAGUGGAGAGAAACCUUACAAGUGUAAUGAGUGCAGCAAGACCUUCCGUCACAGUUCAUACCUUGUAUGCCAUCGUAGAGUUCACAGUGGUGAGAAACCUUACAAGUGUAAUGAGUGCAGCAAGACCUUCAGUCGCAGGUCAUCCCUUCAUUGCCAUCGUAGACUUCAUAGUGGUGAGAAACCUUACCAGUGUAAUGAGUGUGGCAACACCUUCCGUCACUGGCCAUCCCUUAUAUACCAUCGUAGACUUCAUACUGGAGAGAAAUCUUACAAAUGCACGGUUUGUGACAAGGCUUUUGUGCGUAAUUCACUCCUGUCAAGACAUACCAGAAUUCACACUGCAGAGAAACCUUACAAGUGUAAUGAAUGUGGGAAGGCUUUUAAUCAACAAUCACACCUUUCACGUCAUCAUAGAAUUCAUACUGGAGAGAAACCUUAGAAAUGUGAGGCAUGUGACAAAGUUUCCAUUUGGAAAUCACACCUUUAAGACAUAGGAGAAUUUAUACUGGAGAGAAACCGUACAAAUGUAAGGUUUCUGACAAGACUUGGGAGUGAUUCACACCUGGAACAAUAUACUGGAAUUCACACUGGAGAGAAACCUUACAAGUGUAAUGAGUGUGGCAAAGCCUUUAGCAAGCAGUCAACACUUAUUCACCAUCAGGUAGUUCAUGGUGUAGGGAAACUUGACUAAUGUAAUGAUUGUCACAAAGUCUUCAGUAACGCUACAACAAUUACAAAUCACUGGAGAAUCCAUAAUGAAGAGAGAUCUUACAAGUGUAAUAAAUGUGGCAAAUUUUUCAGACAUCGUUCAUACAUUGCAGUUCUUCGGUGAUCUCAUACUGGAGAGAAACCUUACAAAUGUCAUGACUGACAAGAUCUUCAGUCAAGCUUCAUCCUAUGCAAAACAUAGGAGAAUUCAUACAGGAGAGAAACCUCACAAGUGUGAUGAUUGUGGCAAAGCCUUUGCUUCAUGUUCACACCUCAUUAGACAUCAGAGAAUCCAUACUGGACAGAAAUCUUACAAAUGUCAUCAGUGUGGCAAGGUCUUCAGUCCGAGAUCACUCCAUGCAGAACAUCAGAAAAUUCAUUUUUGAGAUAACUGUUCCCAAUACAAUGAGUAUAGCAAACCAUCAAGCAUUAAUUGACAUUAGAGUCAAUUCAGCAUUGACUUGAGUUUGUGUUGACUUAACAUUGAGUUCAAGCAUUAAUUGACAUUUAAGUGUUUAUGUUAAGAGGAUUGGGCCAGGUGUGGUGGCUCAUGCCUGUAAUCCCAGCACGUUGGGAGGCCAAGGCACGUAGGUCAUUUGAGGUCAGGAGUUUGAAACCAGCAUGGCCAACAGAUGUGAGCCACUUUUCUCAGCCUGUUUUUUGUUUCUUAUUUUCUAUUAUUUUUUUUUUCCAGCUAGUACUUUUUAAAGAGAUAGUACUUUUUUGAGUUAGUACUUUUUAAAAGGGACAUAUCAUAGUACUUUUUAAAAGGGAUAUCAGGCCAGGCACGGAGGCUCAUGCCUGUAAUCCCAGCACUUUGGGAGGCUGAGGCAGGCAGAUCACGGGGUCAGGAGAUCGAGACUGUCCUGGCUAACACGGUGGAUCCCCGUCUCUGCUAAAAAUACAAAAAAUUAGCUGGCUGUGGUGGCGGGUGCCUGUAGUCCCAGCUACUCUGGAUGCUGAGGCAGGAGAAUGGCAUGAACCUGGGAGACGGAGCUUGCAGGGAGUGGAGAUCGCACCACUGCACUCCAGCCUGGGUGACAGAGUGAGAGUCUGUCUCAAAAAAAAAGGAUCUCAAAGCCGCUGUACGUGGUUGCUCAUCCCUGCAAUCAGAGUACUUUGGUAGACCCAUGUGAACUGGUCACCUAAGGUCAGAAUUUCAAGAGCACCCUGACUAACAUGGUGAAACCCCAUCUCUACUAAAAAUACAAAAAUUAGCUGGGGGUGGUGGUGUGCACCUUUAGUUCCAGCUACUUGGGAGGCUGAGGCACGAGAAUUGCUUAAACCUGGGAGGUAGAGGUUGCAGUGAACCAAAAUUGUGCCACUCUACUGCAGCCUGGGUGGCAGAGUGAGUCUCCAUCUCAAACAAACAAAAAAUAACAAAAAAAGAGACAUCAAAAAUGCUUUUGUUCUCGUAUAAUAGACUUCCUUUUUUUCCUUUCUGGUUCCUCUUCAUUUCUCUCUUUAUUUUUUAUUUUUGCAGUUUGAGUUUGAGAUAAAUCUUAGUUAUAAAAGUUUUAUUUCUUAGGCCGGGCGCGGCGGCUCACGCUUGUAAUCCCAGCACUUUGGGAGGCCGAGGCGGGCGGAUCACGAGGUCAGGAGAUCGAGACCACGGUGAAACCCCGUCUCUACUAAAAAAAAUACAAAAAAUUAGCCGGGCGUGGUGGUGGACGCCUGUAGUCCCAGCUACUCGGAGAGGCUGAGGCAGGAGAAUGGCGUGAACCUGGGAGGCGGAGCUUGCAGUGAGCCGAGAUCACGCCACUGCACUCCAGUCUGGGAGACAGAGCAAGACUCCGUCUCAAAAAAAAAAAAAAAAAAGUUUUAUUUCUUAAUACACAAUGACUUUCGAACGAUGCCUUUGCAGCAUCCUAUAAUCAGCUCACAUCAUUCAUUUCUGUACUUGUAUAUUUUCCAGUUAUUUUCCGGUUUACCCCAGAAUUUGUUAGAUUUUUUUAAAAAACAAUUUCAACACCGGGCGCAGUGGCUCACGCCUGUAAUCCCAGCACAUUGGGAGGCCGAGGCAGGUGGAUCACGAGGUCAGGAGAUCGAGACCAUCCUGGCUAACAUGGUGAAACCCCGUCUCUACUAAAAAUACAAAAAAUUAGCCAGGCGUGGUUGCAGGCAUCUGUAGUCCCAGCUACUCCGGAGGCUGAGGCAGGAGAAUGGCCUGAACCUGGGAGGUGGAGCUUGCAGUGAGCAGAGAUCGCACCACUGCACUCCAGCCUGGGCGACAGCGAGACUCCGUCUCAAAAAAAAAAAAAAAUUCAAAAUAGUUGCUGUUUUAAAUUAGUUGCAUCCUGUUCAGAUCAAGGUCUGCAUACUUUCUAGUCUGUGUUAUUUAUUGAAAACCUUUGGUACCUAAUACUUAAGUUUGAUUGUUUCAGUGUGUACUUGGUAAAGAUGUCAGUGGUCUUUUAACUAAACAUCAAAAUGUAGUUUAACCAGUUAGUCUGUUUUCAGUUUUCUUUCCAUAUGUCAUUUGUUAAAAUCUUGAGCUGGGAGCUAUUUAUUGCGUGUUUCCUUCAAAGCCCUCUGGACCAUUCUGGAAAAAUGUUGAAACAUGGGCUGGAUUGGCAUAGAACUCUCCUCCAAAAGCACCCAUGUAUUCUUUUCUUUUCUUUUCUUUUUGAAAUGGAGUCUUGCUCUGUUGGCUUGGAUGGAGUGCAGUGGUGCGAUCUCAGCUCACUGAAACCUCUGCCUCCCGGGAUUAAGUGAUUCUCCUGCCUCAAUCUCCUGAGUAGCUGCAAUUACAGGCACCCACCAGCAUGCCUGGCUAAUUUUUGUAUUUUUAGUAGAGACGGGGUUUCACCACGUUUGUCAGGCUUGUCUCAAAUCCUGACCUCGUGAUCUGCCCAACUUGGCCUCCCAAUGUGAUGAGAUUAUGGGUGUGAGCCACCGCUCCCAGCCUCGGUUUUUUUUUUUUUUUUUUUUUGAGAUGGAGUUUCGCUCUUGUUGCUCAGGCUGGACUGCAAUGGUGCGAUCUCUUGUCACUACAACGUCUGCCUCCUGGGUUCAAGUGAUUCUCCUGCCUCAGCAUACCGAGUAGUUGGGAUUACAGGUGGCUUCCACCACUCCCAGCUAAGUUUUUGCAUUUUUAGUAGAGACAGGAUUUCACCAUGUUGGCCAGGCUGGUCUCGAACUCCUGACUUCAGGUGAUCUGCCCACCUCGACCUCCCAAAGUGCUGGGAUUAUAGGCGUGAGCCACUGCGCCUGACCGCUCAUGUAUUCUUGAUUGAAACAAUUUGCUUAUGUUUUAGUUCUACACCUGACCUUCUUUCACUGUUUCCAAGGUCAAUAGCUGUGUGUUCACAAUUCUGCAUUUUAUAAAUGUUACUGUGAUUUUCUUGUAAGGAAGAAUAAACUGUCAGGGAUCAAUGGCCUCAGACCCUUGCAAAAGAAGUUUCUUUUUUUUUUUUUUUUUUUGAGAUGGAGUUUCGCUCUUGUGCCCCAGGCUCUAGUGCAGUGGUGCGACCUCGGCUCACUACAACCUCCGUCUCCCGGGUUCAAGUGAUUCUUCUGCCUCAGCCUCCCAAGUACCUGGGAUUACAGGCAUGCUCUACCACACCCAGCUAAUUUUGUAUUUUUAGUAGAGACGGGGUUUCUGCAUGUUGGUCAGGCUGGCCUCAAACUCCUGACCUCGGGUGAUCCACCCACCUUGGCCUCCCAAAGUGCUGGGAUUACAGGCUUGAGCCACCGUGCCCGGCAAAAGAAGUUUCUUUAGCCAAGGUUUGUGAAAGAGGCUUCUCUAAUUUUCCAGAGUGGGGGUGAUAAGAUCAACCCUUCCCAUUAGCCCUUCCAGGCCCCCAUGUAAUAAUUCAGGCACACCUUCUCACUCAUCUCAGACCAUCUCAGGGUAACUCGGUGAAAAUAUCUUCUGAUCUGAGCCCCAGUGAGCCUCCCUGCAACUUGGCGAUGAGGGGCUUGACCAGAAAACUCAACCCGAGUGACUUUGACCCCUGAAAUUAUUGGCAAAAUGGAGUGCAUGUCUCGGUGUGGCUUUUUUUUUUUUUUUUUUUUGAGGAGUGCCCAGUUGUAAUUAGAAUUUUCAAUGGGAUGCAGUGUCCUAAAAAUGAAAAAAGCAGAAGAAUGGAAGAAACAGGUGUAGACUGAGACACAGAGACCAUCUUCAGGGCCUUUCUCUGUAUGAGGACAUCACAGCAAAAUCUAAAGCGGGUCAUGUCAGUCCCUGGCAGGGAACCCUCCACCGGCUUCCCGUGUUCCCCAGGACAAAAGCCCAACUCCUCACUGUGGCUCCACAGCCCUGUGUCCAGGGCCCCCGCCAGUGUCCAGCCUCCUCCUGGGAACUUGCCCUCAUCUCAUGACUCCCUCUGCCCCAGUCACAUUUGCUUUUCUCUUUUCCCAAACAUCAAAACCCUUCCUGUCUCAGGUCGUCGUCCCUGGUUUUACCCUGUGUACCCUGUCCCUUUCUCCUCCUUCAGGUCUAGGCUCAGAGCUGUCGGGCAUACCCUCCCAGCCCUGUCUGUAGUUUCCUUGUCCAUCAGUCUGUAUCAUUUACUCAGGAUUCAUUGUCUCUGCAUCAAUCACAUCAGAAAUGCCCUUUUUUUUUUUUUUUUGAGACAGAGUCACUCUAUCGUUCAGCCUAUGAGUGCAGCCUCGUGAUCUUGGCUCACUGCAACCUCUGUCUGCUGGGUUCAAGCAAUUCUUGUGCCUUAGCCUCCCAAGUAGCUGAGAUUACAGGUGUCUACCACCACACCCGGCUAAUUUUUGUAUUUUAACUUCCAUUUUAUAUUAUUUUUGAGUCUGUCACCAAGACGGGGGUAGUGGCGCGAUCUCGGCUCACUGCGACCUCCACCUCCCGGGUUCAAACGAUUCUCCUACCUCAGUCUCCCGAAUAGCGGAGAUUACAGAUGCUUACCAAGCCCGGCUACUUUUUGUGUAUUUAGUAGAGACUGGGUUUCACCAUGUUGGCCAGGCUGGUCUCGAUCUCCUGACCUCAAGUAAUCAGCACACCUUGGCCUUCCAGAGUGCUAGUAUUACAGGCAUGACCCACCAUGCCCGGCCCAUUUUUGUAAUUUUAGUAGAGACAGGGUUUCACCAUGUUGGCCAGGCUGAUCUCAAACUCCUGAGGUCAAGUGAUCCUCCCACCUCUGCUUCCUAAGUAGCUGGGACCACAGACACACAGACGUGCACCACCAUACCUGGCUAAGUUUUUGUAUUUUUGGUAGAGAUGGGGUUUCACCAUGUUGCCCAGGCUGGUCUCAAAUUCCUGAGCUCAAGCGAUCUACCCGCUACAGCCUCCUAGAGUGCUGGGAUGACAGGCGCGAGCCAGGGCACCCAGCCUCUGCAUGGGGUUUGGUCAGGGCUGGGUCUGUGCCCUGAAGGGGGAGCUCAUUCCAGCCCAGCUCCCCAUUGCUGCAGCGUGUGUGGACUCCUCCAGAAGGGGAGUGGGAGUUUUCCUGUAGGAGUUUAUUGUCCCUGGUGUGGAGAGCAGCAGGGGGGACCAUAUUUCCUCAGGGUGAGGUCUUUAGUUAGGUCUCUGAGCCCAAGUUAAGCCAUCACAUCCCCUGUGACCUGCACCUAUACAUCCAGAUAGCCUGAAGCAACUGUGAAAAUAUCCUGAUGACAUUCCAAUAUUGUGAUUUGUUUCUGCCCUACCCUGACUGAUCAAUGUGCUUUGCAAUCUCCCCCACCCUUAAGAAGUCUCUUUGUAAUUCUCCCCACCCUUGAGAAUGUACUUUGUGAGAUCCACCCCCUGCCCGCAAAACAUUGCUCCUAACUCCACCACCCAUCACAAAACCUAUAAGAACUAAUGAUAAUCCCACCACCCUUUGCUGACUCUUUUCGGACUCAGCCCGGCUGCACCCAGGUAAAAUAAACAGCCUCGUUGCUCACACAAA